AUGGCAGCCUAUAUAACCUCUUCAUCAAUGAUAAGAUUAACGACAAUUCGCAAGUGUAAAACGAUUAUUAGGCUCCGUUUUCAUCUGAAGACGAAUCAGUCGAAAUUCCUAACUAUUCCACUAAUUCAUAAGCCAAUCCUAAAGUGUCCAUGGUUCUAUGCGAUCAAAUGUGAUUUUGUCGGCUAUUUUGCAAUAACAGUGCGUCGGAAAGAUUUGGAUCAAUUGUUGAUGAUAAGUCAUAGAAAGUUACCGAAAGCUUACAUAUCACGGAUGGAUAGGCCCUCACUACAAGUGCCAGUUGUACUUCAAGAAGCACGUGUGAUACCGAAUCGACCGCGCAAACAUUACCUUGCUGUCUGUUUGCAACCAAUUUUUUUGUUAGCAGACUGGACUUUACUUGUGCAGUUUUUCGAGAUUUGGAUUGCACAAGGUGUCACCAAAUUUUGCGUGUAUGUGCAGUCAAUGACGCCUGAAGUUGACGCAUUGCUACAUGUUUAUGAGCAUUCAAAAGAAGUAGAAAUUGAGCGAAUUAAUUGGGCUCCACUACCAACAGGUGAUGUUACUUCGCAUGAUGUUACUUCAAACGAUCCGAAUUUACGGAUUUAUAGGACUGAGGUGACCACUUCCAUUAACGACUGUCUUUUACGAAAUCGCGGACAUGCAAAAUAUGUAAUUUCUUCUGAUCUCGAUGAAAUUGUGGUAACCAAUAAAGAAUCGUCUUUGCCUAAAUUACUGGACAGUUUACAAGCGAAGUUUGAAAAAUCAGCGGCAUUUGUUAUUCGUAGCAGUUUUGCGCUUUUUGAGAAUCAUUGGGCUAAUAUUUCCAAGCCAGCAGAUAUUGAUUUCAGUGGUUUUGCAAAUAUUUCACUAGAAAACUAUAUUUGGCCAGCUGGUUUUCGGAGCAAAGUAAUUAUGAUUCCAGAGUACAUAUACAGUGCACACGUACAUCAGGUAUUACAACCAGAACCUGGGAAGCUUGUAACAGUCGUACCACCUGAAACUGCUCUUGUUUUUCAUUUAAGACGAGUUAUGCGGAAUAAACUGUGGUCUUCAAACACAACAGUGAAAACCAAUGCACUUGCUCGAUUUAUUGAUCCUUGCAACAAAUCUUGGAAAAACCGGUUGAAAGUGAUCAGACAGAUUCCUGAAGCUAAAAUAUUGCACGGAAGCGAGUGGCCCCAAAGAGGAAACCAGGUAAUGGAAGAACUGGAAGCAUGCCGCGAACAGCUUGAAUCUGUUCAAAAUGACACCUGCCAUUCACCAUAUCUUUGUAUGUCCAAAAUUAGCUCCGUCACAACAAACGAAUGGGUCAUUGCAAGGCAGACAUGGACUAUUUUAUAA